CCAAUUUCUGCAAAUCCUCCGAAUGGCGCAACAAUCUCCCACGUCGCACGCAGUGUGUCACCGGACAGACUGUUGAUAGCAAUAUCAACCCCCCUUGAACACCGCUGAGCCCACGAUAAGCUUUGCAAACAUCUGUGCCAUGUACAUGAACCACCUUGAAUACUUUCAACGACUCAUUUCGGUGCUUGAUGAGGAAACAAACGAAUUUCCUGCUGGGUGGGAGCUGCGUCCUCCAAUAUGGCCGCCUCCGGACUGGCUUCAUGGGACUCAAGAAGGUCUGCGAAUAGCAAAGGAAGAAAUCUCCAAAACCUACAACGAGAUUGAAAAAUUGCGCGAAAUGGUUUCUCACCAGCAUUCAUUAACGCAAGCGCGGAAGGGUGUUCUUCUCACGGUUCUCGCAUCGAUCUUUAUCCCUAUAAGUUUUGUUGCUACAUUCUUCGGAAUGAACGCGGGAGAAAUCAACUCUUCUUCUUGGCCAUUGCGAUAUUAUUUUAUGGUCGCCUUGCCACUAGCUGUGGUCACAGUAGCUGUACCUUUAUAUUUCAUAAAGGUAACUGCCUGCCUCGCUCGAAAAAUGCAAGAAAGCAGCAAUACCAUCCGGUUCCUUGGCCAACUUCUUCCCGGGCUGUCGUUCGGGGUGAAUAUUGCAUCUGAUGUCAUGACAGCGACUGGAAAGGCAAACGAGGCGAUGGAUGCAAUGCUUCACAUAUGUUCCACACUUUUUUUCAGUUUCUUUUGCAGGCCAGAUAAUGGCGGCAGUUCACUGGUGCUUGAAGGAAAAGCCAAAUAUUACUACUUGUCUGCGCCAUCUUUGGCAAAGGCGUUCAGCGAUGAUAAUAUUCUUUCUCACUAUUUCCUUCUACAUGUCUUAUUUCUUUCAAGCUUUUAUCGAGAUUCCGUUCUAUCUUAUCUAUUUUCUUCACUUGUACCUUGCCGGGAGAAAGGGAAAAGAAGUUAG